AUGGUGCCAAGCCCCAGGACGCCGCGUUCGGCGGCGACUAGCAGUCGUCCCAGCCGCCAAAAGGCCGCUCUCCUACCUCCCCAGUCUCGCUUGCGCGAACGCGAUGUCACGGCUGGAGCUGCGACAGAACCUCCCCCAAAACGACGACGGUAUGUUCCUGGAGGACCUGGUGGUGGUGGUCGCUGGACUGAAAAAGAUGGCAGCGAUAAUUCUGGACGCCGGCCGAGCACUGGCCCUUCUACCAACCCCCGACCCCGAGUGCGCCGGAACUCCUCCGCCGUGAGCGCUACGCCCGUUUACCCCCGAAGAGAACGAAGCACACGUAUUCGAACCGCUACUACGAGAAUGGCACCCGAUGAUGAGAUGCAGAUAAGCUCGGCCGCCGCUGUCGCCGCUGCCGUGGUGCAGAGCGAGGGAUACAAGCCUAGAGAAGAGCGGGGUUGGGAAGAGUUCCACCCAAAUCUCGAGAUUGACACAUCCUUUGUAGUCUUUCAAGCAGAUGAUGUGGACGGGACUGCCAAGUCUCUCCCAGGAACCCCUCUGACGUUUUCAGCAAACGCCGACAACAAGCGCGGAAGCCCGAUCAAGGAUGCAAAUGUGGCCUCUGGUAAUGGUGCGGACGCAUCUUCAUCUCAGGCCAACGGUGCAUUGACAUCCAUCGCAGACGCCUUGCCAGGAACUCCGACAAGACGGCGCUCCAACCGUCCCAGAGACUCGUAUUUCCCAUUCCGCCAAGAGAUGGGAACAACUCCAAAGACGCCCAAAGUAUUGCCCAUUUACAAUCAGACACCGAAAGAGCGGUUGGAUUUGAGGCAACCACAAUAUCGAAAGACGGACAGGAUUUUGCUGUUUGAAAGUAAAAAGUUUGGACAGGCCAAAUAUGUUGACAAGGCAAUGAUGAAUGUUGGAUACCAGGAAAGCGACAACUUCAUUCGCGACGAUCAAAAGCUCAUCAAGGCCUCCGACGCCAAUAUUGAGGACGAAGCAGACAGUCCUGCGACAAAGACGGACACCGAGCCUCCAUCGCACAGCCACGCCUUGGGCCGCGUCGAGUAUGACAUGGACGAACAAGACGACAUGUGGUUAGAAGCCUACAACGAGCAGCGCAAAUCCCAAGGAUGGAGCGCUGUAACCCGCGAACACUUUGAAAUCACAAUGACCAAGAUUGAAAAGGAAUGGCACGCACUGGAGAAGAGAAUACCAAAGCCGAACCCAAAGCCACCGCAAACACAUCGCCCACGGUCCAGCUCUGCUGCAGCCGUUAAUGGUGAGCCGCAGGCAGGCGAAGAACAAGACAGCAAAUGUGCAAUUUGCGACGACGGAGAUUGUGAAAACACGAACGCAAUCGUGUUUUGUGAUGGCUGUGAUUUAGCAGUCCACCAAGAGUGUUACGGCGUGCCCUUCAUUCCCGAGGGACAAUGGCUUUGUCGGAAAUGCCAGCUUAUUGGACGUGGCAUUCCGACCUGCAUUUUCUGUCCCAACUCGGAUGGUGCUUUCAAGCAGACAAACUCGUCAAAAUGGGCCCAUUUGCUCUGUGCAAUGUGGAUCCCUGAGGUCAGCCUUGGCAACCAUACUUUCAUGGAGCCAGUCAUGGACGUGGAAAAGGUGCCAAAGAGUCGAUGGAAAUUGACAUGUUAUAUCUGCCAACAGCAGAUGGGAGCCUGUAUUCAAUGUGGCAAUAAGUCAUGCUACCAGGCGUUUCAUGUCACUUGUGCACGCCGUGCCAAGCUCUUCUUGCGCAUGAAGAACAGCUCCGGUGCUCUCGACGUGCUCGAUGGCAGCACAAAUCUCAAAGCUUUAUGCGACAAGCACUGUCCCUCUGAGUAUGCCAAGGAGAAUGGCGUGUCCAGGGCGACAAGGCGAGCAAAGAGGUUUUACAAGAAAACCAUGCGGGAUCGCAUCUGGGCCAAUACUCAGGCAGCUGCAUUGUCCCUGGCCGCAACACAUCGCAAUGCCCUGAUGGAACAUCCCGCCGAUGAAUCGCAGAUUACUGGGGCAAAGGUUUCGGCUGUCCUGGGCGAUGUAAAGAAGAACCAACCGGGCAAGUCAGUCUGGAAACUACCGUCGGGUGCCCCAAUCAUCCCGCAGGCUGUGUUCGACAUUGUCGAUGCCUCCUUGGCCAAAUUCUCAAUCCUUAAGAGGAGAGAAUUUGUUAGCGAUGCUUCCCGCUAUUGGACUCUCAAGCGCGAGAUGCGGCGUGGUGCCGCCCUGCUCAAGCGCCUGCAACUCCAGAUGGAGACGUUCUCCUCUAUGGAACUCACUCGUCGCAACUUUGCAGCCAUGGGACCCUCGGGCAAAACUCGCCUAUCCCGGCGCAUUGAGUUCGCCGAGACCCUCAUCAAAGACUUGGAGCAGCUGCAAGCCAUGUCUGAAGAAGUUGUCAGGCGCGAAGAGGUGAAGCUUGAGGAUGCUCUGUUGAUGCAAACUUUUGUGGAUACAUGCUAUUUCCCGAUACACAAGACCUUUCCUGAAGUCAUGGUCAAAGUGUUCAAAUUUGAUGAUGGCAAGAAUGUAUUCAAGGCAGGACUCCUGAAGAUCCAGGACAAGGUUGACGAAAGAUUCUACACCACUACAAUUGCAUUUGCUCAAGACCUUUGUCAAGUGGUCCAUGACGGUAUCAACCAGGAAUGGGAAUCUGAGCCCGAGGUCCAGCCGAAACUCGAAAGCGUCGUUGCUCCACUUACCAAGGUGGAUUACUCUGACAUUCGAGAACGUAAGAAGUUGGGCAAGAGGAUCUUGAAAGGCGUCCAGCCUUUACUAGAAUCAGCUCUUCAAAGCGAGUCUCGUAUUACGAACAAGACUUUUGAGGACCUGAGGCAAGAGCUUGGCGACCUCAUCGAGGCUAGCUUUGGAGUGCAACCACUCCCAAAUGCCGCCGAAGAAUCGCAGCAAGGCAAAGACGUUAUCAUGGUCGAUGCCGCGGAGAUCACUGUUGCUCCUCAUGACGAAGAAGAGGAUGCAGAACACGAAAUCGACGAGCAAGUCGAUGUGGUCAUGACAGAACCACUUGAAGAAAAUCAGGAGGAUCUCGAUGAGAGCCAAGAAGAAGAGCGCAGCAUUGAGGUCAGCACUUUGGAAAAGGGAGAGCCCGCCCCUGUCACGGAAUCCGCUCCACAGCCUUCAGUGGGAGUUGGUAUUGAGAAGGACGAGGCCAUGUCAGAAGGCGUGACAAGUGGCAAUGCGCCUGACACGCCGCCCGCCACAAACGGCUACGUGGCUGCAGCGCCAUCGUCAUUGCCAGGACCGCCUACUCCUCCGCAGUCUAACGGAAGCUUAUCUCAGGAACAAGUCAAUAUUCUUACAGAUGGCGGUGUUCCUUGGUACCUGAAGGAGUUCGAUCCCAUAGGCACUUCUGCAGUGGCCGAACCCAAUACAGGCGAAGAGCUGCUGCGCAGUCAUAGCGAGGCGCUUACAGAGAUGGAUGAGGACGAACUCAAGGGACUCGGAGUCGACUUUCACAGCACUUCGAGCAUGGCCGUGUCGCCGAUUAGUACCUCGAAUGUCGAGCAAGCGGCCUUUGGGUCCGCAAAGAAAUCGGCCAAGUCUAAAAAGAGGAAGCCGACAACUUACCGAGGGCGGAGAUGA